CUGUUCAUGAGACAGGACAGGAGACCCGCUGGCUGUCAUCUACAAAGUCGGUGAGAAGAAACGUGGCUGCUGAUCUGGCAGCUUAACGCACCAACCCAGGAGGAGUUCCUCGUCAAGCAGAAAGCAGGUGUAGACAGCUUGCGCUUUUCAUUAAAGCUCCAAGGGAUCGGCCAAUCUGAAACAUGCGUCUGAUACGCCGGCGUCUGUCUCCUCUGAAGCUGGUCCUCCUCGGGGGAACUCUUUUUAUGGUGAUCCUGGUGGUUCUCCAGAGGGACGUUGGCUCCUCAAACUCCGGAGACCCCUGGCUACAAGACCUGGCCCACAAACGGGACGAGGUCAUGGUCAUGGUGCGGAAUGCUGUGAACAACAUAGGCUUCCAGAUCGGAGCUCCGCAGCCCCCGCCGGUGCAGGCGCAGCCCACGGAGGACGUUAAAUGCCCCUCCGGCUUUUACUCUCAGGCUGAGCUCAAACCUCACCUGGAGAGACCGCCGCAGGACCCUCAAAGCCCCGGGGCUGACGGGAGAGCGUUUGUGAAGGACAACAUGACACCUGAGGAGGAGAAGGAGAAGGAGGAGGGCAUGACACGGCAUUGCUUCAACCAGUUUGCCAGCGACCGGAUCUCGCUCAGCCGCAAUCUCGGGGAUGACACAAGACCGCCGGAGUGUGUGGACAGGAAGUUUCCUCACUGCCCUCCUCUGCCCACCACCAGUGUCAUCAUUGUCUUCCACAACGAGGCCUGGUCCACGCUCCUCAGGACGGUCUACAGCGUCCUGCACACAUCUCCCGCCAUCAUGCUGAAGGAGAUCAUCUUGGUUGACGAUGCCAGCACUGCAGACCACCUGAAGAAGAAGCUGGAGUUGUUUGUGGAGCAGUUUAAGAUCGUCCGUGUUGUCAGGCAGCCAGAGAGGAAAGGCCUCAUCACAGCCAGGCUGCUGGGAGCCAGCAUUGCUACGGCUGAAGUGCUCACCUUUCUUGAUGCGCACUGUGAGUGUUUUCACGGUUGGUUGGAGCCUCUCCUGGCCCGGAUAGUUGAAGAACCCACUGCCGUAGUCAGCCCAGAGAUCACCACCAUUGACCUGAACUCCUUUCAGUUCAACAAACCCGUGGCCACCAACCGCGCGUACAACCGAGGGAACUUCGACUGGAGCCUGACGUUCGGCUGGGAGGCGAUACCCGAGGAGGCAAAGAGGCUGCGCAAGGAUGAAACCUACCCUGUAAAAACGCCUACUUUUGCCGGAGGCCUUUUCUCAAUCUCAAAGAAGUACUUUGAGCAUAUCGGAACAUAUGAUGACAAGAUGGAGAUCUGGGGCGGAGAAAAUGUGGAAAUGUCCUUCAGGGUGUGGCAGUGUGGGGGUCAGCUGGAGAUCAUUCCCUGCUCGGUGGUGGGCCACGUUUUCCGCACCAAAAGUCCGCACACCUUCCCCAAGGGCACUGAGGUCAUCACUCGCAACCAGGUGCGCCUGGCUGAAGUCUGGAUGGAUGAUUUUAAGAAGAUCUUCUAUCGGCGCAACCACAACGCUGCAGUGAUGGCCAGUGAGCAUAAAUAUGGAGACAUCUCUGAUCGCCUCAACCUGAGGAACAGGCUUCACUGCAAGAACUUCACCUGGUUCCUGAACACCAUCUACCCAGAGAUCUUCAUUCCUGACUUAAAGCCAGAAAAAUUUGGAUCAAUCAGAAACUCUGGAUCUAGAACCUGCCUGGAUGUUGGUGAGAACAACCAGGGGGGUAAAGCUGUGAUCAUGUACCAGUGUCACAACAUGGGAGGAAACCAGUACUUUGAGUAUUCGUCCCACAAAGAGCUGCGUCACAACAUCGGGAAGCAGCUGUGUCUCCAUGCCAACGAUCAGUCAGAACCAGUGAAGAUUGAGCUGUGCCAGCUGAAGGGGAGGGGGACCAGUUUGUCACCUCAGCAGGAAUGGGUCUUUACAGAGGAAAAUCUUCUGAAGAAUCCAAGCAGUGGGAGGUGCUUACAGCUGAGAGGGGCUCAGGUUCAGAUGGACCACUGUAAUGCUGCAGAUCCCUUCCAGCAAUGGAGUUUCUCUUGACCCCCCAGUCUGCCCAUUAGGUGACCUCUGGUCCCCUCCCUGUUAUCAGACUCAGCAGCUUAGAGCUGAAGCAUUACAGAUCCAAACGGACGUGCUGGAAAGCUUUGGGCAAGUGGCCAUACUGAUGACCAGGAAAAGAUGAAGGACAAUACAGAGAUGAUGUCUGGUUAAAGAAAAAAGAAAACCCUCAUUUGGGUAUAACUAUUUUUAUUUUAUUUAUGGAUGACACUCAGGAAACUCUUCUUACUGUGGUUUGGGGAACUUUGGACAUGUUUGAACUUUGCCUUUAGCAGUGGCAGCUUUAAAAAGGCUCUGAAUUGCAAUGACCAUAAUUCACUUGUUUGACACUCUAAUAUGAAAAAAAAAAAAAAAAAAAGAACGGUAUGUGGAUUUUUGUUGUGUCCGGUGAUGAAUGUGGAAAUAUUUUAUCUCAAGAGGAUGAAAUGUUUGUUUUUUAAUAUUUUUUUUUAGGAUUUUAUGAAAUUUUAUAAAUAACUUUUUAUUGUAAAUAAGUUAUUUUCGGGCAUGUUAACCAUCUAGAAAAUAAUUUCCAAAGGCACAUUUUUGCAUACAUGUCUUUCUAGUGAAAUUGGUCUAUUGACUGUUUAUCAUACUUGCACAAAAUCUGGGGAAAUUGUCUGAUAUUUUGUAUACCGAAGGAUAAACUAAAUUAAUAUGGUUAUUACAGAUAUUAAACCAAAACCUAAACAUUUUGUGUUAAGAAUGUCUUUCCGUGCUGAUAAGAAGUCUCCCAUCAAUAUAGCACAUAAAGCUUCUCAAACGCGCCGAUGUAUGUCUUCUGAAUGUUUGUUUAGGGAGUGGCUCUGGAGAUACACAUUCCAGAAAAACGUUUGUCUUGUCCUACAAAACCUGCAAUGUGAGUUUAACGGAAUGCACGAGAUCACCAAAGCGGAUGUAAAGAAGUGUAAAGAUUCCCUCAAAUAAAAGGAGGCAGAGAA